AUGGUAGAUGUGGUAGCUGCAAUGGUGGAGGAUCAUGUUAUUUCUAGUAUUAAAUCUAGUUCUAGCAUCCGCCCAGUUGUUGAUUGUAGUGGGCAGCUAGACGCCCCAGUUGCUUCUAGUAAUGCUUUCUCUGCCUUAGCGGAAGUGGAUGAGGAUUUUGUGCUUGCCCCUCCUAAGACUGCCACUCCUGAUGUUACUCGCCUUGCUGCUCGUGUCAAGGGGCAAAACAUUGAUGCUUUACCUCUAGCAGUUUGGUCCAAGUCUUCGAAAAAAAAGAAAAGAGUCAUUGGUGACUUUAAUGUUACUAGAAGAUGUGAGGAAACUAUAGGUGGCAAUAGCCGUUUCACCAAUGCUAUGGAUGAAUUUAAUUCUUGUCUUCACAACUCUAAGCUUGAUGAUCUUAAUUACUCUGUACUGAGUUUUUUACCUCCUGGCAUUUCUGAUCAUGCAGCUAUGGUGGUUAAGGUCGGUCUUCCCUUCAGAAUCCGCAAAGCUCCUUUUAAGUUCUUCAACUUCUUAGCUGACAGGGAAGAUUUCAUUCCAAUUGUCUCUGCUGUGUGGGCUACUAAUGUUUGGGGUUCUAAACAAUUUCAAGUCUGGCGGAAGCUUAAACUUGUAAAGAAUCAAUUCAAGCUCCUCAACUGUAAUGUUGUUGAAAAGUUGUUGAAGAAAAAGUCUCGAGUGCAAUGGCUCAAGAAAGGGGACAAGAAUUCUACUUUUUUCUUCAAGACCAUGACCAAGCAUAGAAACAGGAAUCGUAUUGCCACUAUUAAUCGUAGUGAUGGUCCUGAUCUUGCAAAAUCUCUGUGCAACGAGUUCACUCAUGAUGAUAUUAGGGCUGUUUUCUUUUCUAUGAAUCCUAAUAAGUCUCCAGGACCAGAUGGGUUCAAUGGUUGCUUCUUCCAAAAAGCUUGGCUAGUUAUUGGAGAUAAUGUUGUUGCUGCUGCUGUUAAGGAAUUUUUCUCUUAUGGCUCCCUUCUUAUGGAGCUAAAUUCCACCAUAAUCACUCUCGUUCCUAAAGUAGCUAAUCCCACUACUAUGAGUGAUUUCAGACCUAUAUCCUGCUGCAACACUUUUUAUAAAAUUAUUGCUAAGUUAUUGGCAAAUAGGCUCAAGGGCACUCUUCAUCUUAUUGUCGGUCCUUCCCAAUCUACUUUCAUCCCUGGGCGUAGAAUUGGGGACAAUAUCCUCCUUGCCCAAGAGAUCAUUUGUGAUUACCAUAAAGCUGAUGGUCAGCCCAGAUGCACUUUUAUGGUGGACAUGAUGAAAGCUAAUGACACAGUGGAAUGGGAUUUCAUUAUUGCGACCCUUCAAGCCUUUAAUAUCCCCUCCACUUUGAUUGGUUGGAUCAAGAGCUGCAUCUCUUCCGCUAAAUUUUCAGUGUGUGUUAAUGGUGAGUUGGCAGGUUUCUUUGCUAGAAGGCGUGGUUUAAGGCAAGGCGAUCCCUUGUCUCCCUACCUUUUUGUGAUUGCUAUGGAAGUCCUCUCUCUUUGUAUCCAAAGAAGAAUAAAUUGCUCUCCUUGUUUCCGGUACCAUUGGCGGUGUGAUCAGUUAAAUUUAUCUCACUUAUGCUUUGCUGAUGACUUGCUCAUGUUUUGUAAUGGUGAUGAAAAUUCUGUUCGCACUCUCCAUGAUGCUUUCUCUAAUUUUGAGUCUUUAUCUAGCCUUAAAGCGAAUGUUUCUGAGAGUAAAAUUUUUCUUGCUGGUGUUGAUGGGAACUCAAGUGACUCUGUUCUUCAAGUUACAAACUUCUCUUUAGGAACGUGCCCAGUUCGUUAUUUAGGUAUUCCUCUAAUCACUUCUAAAUUGAGAAUGCAAGAUUGUUCCCCUUUGCUUGAUCGAAUUGAGACUCGUAUAAAAAGUUGGGAGAAUAAGGUGCUCUCCUUUGCUGGCAGACUGCAGCUCAUUCAAUCUGUUUUAUCUAGCAUCCAAGUGUAUUGGGCUUCUCAUUUGAUCCUUCCUAAAAAAGUUCUCAAGGAUAUCGAAAAAAGACUUCGUUGUUUCUUAUGGGCAGGUAAUUGCUCGGGUAGGGCUGCUACUAAAGUUGCUUGGUCUGAAAUUUGUCUCCCUAAAUGUGAAGGAGGGCUUGGCAUUAAAGACUUGCAUUGCUGGAAUAAAGCUUUAAUGAUCAGCCACAUUUGGAACCUUGUCUCUAGUUCCUCCAACUUUUGGACUGAUUGGGUAAAGGUUUAUUUACUAAAAGGUAAUUCGUUCUGGAAUGCUCCUCUUCCUUCUAUUUGCUCUUGGAAUUGGAGAAAAUUGCUUAAAAUUAGGGAGCUUUGUUGUUCUUUCUUUGUCAAUAUCAUUGGUGACGGUCGUGCUACUUCAUUAUGGUUUGAUAAUUGGCAUCCUCUUGGCCCUCUUACUCUUAGAUGGUCUUCUAAUAUUAUUGGUGAAUCUGGUCUCUCUAAGUCUGCCAUGCUUACUCCUAAUGGGUUUUAUUCAACUUCUUCUGCUUGGAAUACUCUUCGUCCUUCUAGGUUUAUUGUUCCUUGGUAUCGCCUAGUUUGGUUUGUUGCUGAGACUCACAACCAUCUGUUCUUUGAUUGUGCUUAUUCUUUUGGUAUAUGGACUCAUGUGUUGUCCAAGUGUGAUGUGAGUAAGCCUCUCCUCCCUUGGUCUGAUUUCAUCUUUUGGGUGGCUACAAACUGGAAAGGUAAUAGUUUACCUGUUGUGAUCUUAAAGUUAGCUUUACAAGCUGUGGUUUAUGCAAUUUGGCGCGAGAGAAAUAACCGCAGGUUUCGUAAUGAGAGCCUUCCUCCCGCUGUUGUGUUCAAAGGAAUUGUGGAGUCCAUUCGCCUCUGCUUAUUGUCUUGGAAGAUCCCUCAUACUCCUUCUAACGCUUACAUUUUUCAUGAAUGGAGACUAGCUUCUUAG